AGUAAAUUUUAAGACCGACCUGCAUUGUAAAUGCCACAUUCGUUUGCGAACAAAACGUCAUCGGUAUAUGUUUCGAAUUUCUCGCCGACUGUAAGUAGUGUUUACGGAAUUUACGGAGUUUUUUACGAAUUAUUUUCAUAAAAUUAUUAUGGAUGAAACAUCGAAACGAGGUAAAGGAAGGGGUCGAGGUCGUGGAAGAGGACGGGGUACACGUAAACAAACAGUUAAAGCUAGUCGUGAGCCGGAAUCAGUCCAGCCUACUCAGCAUGAAGAGCCUAUCGAAAGUGAAGCCGUCAAAACACAACAACCGAAAGAGGAAGAAAAGGAGAAUGAGAUCAUCACUCCAGUGGCUCCAACCAUUGAUAUGGAGUCCGAUAUCUCCCAAUUAGAAGUGACAACGUUUACUACACUAUCGAGUCGAGGACCUCCGGAACCAAUGACAAAACUUAAAUGGAACCAUAAAGUAUCGUUGAUUGGAGAGAAAGUACUCAAUCCAAUGAUCCAUUGCUGCGAUCAAUGUGAGAAGCCCAUUCUCAUCUACGGCCGAAUGAUUCCAUGCAAGCAUGUCUUUUGCUUGAAAUGUGCAAGAGAAGAGCCGCACAAGAUGUGCCCGCGAUGUAAAGAAAAAGUGGUCCGUGUGGAACAGUCCGGUUUGGGAACAGUGUUUAUGUGCAGUCACGGUGGUACUCGAUAUGGAAAUACCGGAUGCAGACGAACCUAUUUGUCACAAAGAGACUUGCAAGCUCACAUCAAUCACCGUCACGUUAAUAGUAACGCCGAAAAUAAGCAACAACCUGAGACCAAAACUAGCAACACUGUUCAGAGAAAGCCAGUUGAACAGCCAACUAGCCGACAGAAUGUCAGGCAGCCGGCACAGUUCUCGUCUUCAAUAUCAUCUACAGCUCCAUCGUCUACAGCUUCCAAUUCGACCGUUUCACGGAAUAGCACGAUGCCUCCGGCAGUUUUACAAGACAAUUCAUUGCAAUCACAGCCACAGCAACAACAGCAACAGAUGAUGCCUACAAUGAUGGGUAACGUUCAUCAACAGCCUCAAAUGGCGGCUGUACCGGAAAUGUACUAUGCAUCAAUGACCCAGCAGCAACAAUAUGGAGGAUAUGCAAAUGCAGGACAACAACAGAAUCCAUCGCAAAUGCAACCGAACUACGGAUCAAUGCAUCAACCACCGAAUCCUGGAAUGUCAAUGAUGAUGGCCCAGCAAGCGGUUCCAGUGCAUAUGAGUCGACCACCUCCGCCACAAGGUCCUGCUUACUUUUCGCAAUACGGCCAAUACGGACAAAUGCCGCAGCAUUAUCCGAACUCAAGGCAAUAUGAGCAGCAGAAUUUCAAUGCACCUCCGAACGCACCACAAUGGAAUCAACAACAAUACUACAGAUGAAUGAGAGAGUGCCUCGAAGAUAUUCUUCGCCAGGAAGUAUGAUGAAUUUGGGCCGGAUGUUUAAUUGGAUUGAUUGACGAAUUUACGAUGAAAAGAUUGUGGCGUGUGGUGUUAAUCGGCGAUGAAGAUUAAACGUGAAAAACGGUUUACCAUCCGGCUUAGAUGUGAUGCUAAAAUUGAAUAUGGACUGUGCGAUCGUAAUACUGACGGAAAUGUGUUGUUAAAUUGAAUUUUAUUUUAAUUGAAAAUAUAAAACCGUACAAAUAAACAUCGGCAUAUGAUUGUAUACAAACGACCUUUACUAGCAGAAGUUGCCAAUAGUUCUAUUCCUAAUGGAUCUUCUUUGUCUGGCUAAUUCAUUGCUUAUUUUCGGAAUGCUAAAUCACUAGAAAUUCAGGCAAAGUAAGGUACAAAAUUGGUUAAAAUGCUCGAAUCAACAUGCCGAUUAUACGCUAAAAAAGAAAUUCCUAAACAAUGAUAAAAAUGCAACAAACUCUAUCCCAACAAUUUGUAAAAAAUAUCGUUAGUCGAUGGGCUAAGUGUAUUGUCU